AUGUUUAUGGCAAGAUCUGAAUACGACCGAGGAAUCAACACCUUCUCCCCAGAAGGCCGCCUCUUCCAAGUCGAAUACUCCCUCGAGGCAAUCAAGCUCGGCUCCACGGCCAUCGGCGUCGCCACUGCAGAGGGCGUCGUCCUCGGCGUCGAGAAGCGCGUCACCUCGACCCUGCUCGAGACGUCCUCCGUCGAGAAGAUCGUCGAGAUUGACCGCCACAUUGGCUGCGCUAUGUCCGGCCUCCAGGCCGACGCCCGCUCCAUGGUCGAGCACGCCCGCGUAGAGUCCCAGUCUCACUCCUUCAACUACAACGAGCCCCUCCGCGUCGAGUCGUGCACCCAGGCCAUCUGCGACCUCGCCCUUCGCUUCGGCGAGGGCGCCGAGGGCGAGGAGACCAUCAUGUCCCGCCCCUUUGGCGUCGCCCUCCUCAUCGCCGGCUACGACGAGGACGGCCCCCAGCUCUUCCACGCUGAGCCUAGUGGUACCUUUUACCGCUACGACGCCAAGGCCAUCGGUUCCGGCUCCGAGGGUGCGCAGGCUGAGUUGCAGAACGAGUACCACAAGUCCCUGUCAAUUACGGAUGCCGAGACAUUGGUGCUCAAGACGCUCAAGCAGGUCAUGGAGGAGAAGCUCGAUUCGAAAAACGUCCAGCUCGCAAGCGUAACGAAGGAGAAGGGCUUCAGAAUAUACACAGACGAGGAGAUGGCCGCUGUGGUGGAGAGGCUGCCUGCGAACUAA